GAUUCAGAGACACCAGCAAACUGAGAACCGUUGACAAGCAUCGUUAUCCUCACGCACCAGCAGCAAAACCCCAAAUAUAAUCCAAAAUAUGACAUUCUUAACGAUACAGCAGAAACAACCCGUGAUUUGACAACUUCUGACAAUCGAUUUACAGUCCGUUAGACGCUCGUAGCUGUAAACGUCCUUUCCAUCGUCAGCCCAUUGGCUGGCCUCCUCCUGCUCAGUAGCCAUGAUGCUUAGCAGCUCUGUCGAGGUGCCCAGUCCCGGCCACGGCGGCAUGUCCGGCCUCUCCGUGACGAGGGCGGCAGUGACGGGGAACGUCGUCCGGUCCUCCAGUAUCUCGGGAGCCGUGUACAGCCUGGAGAAGAGUCCCGGCAGCGGCGGUGGGCCGGGAGAGGCGGGAACGCUGACCGGGAACAAGAAGAGACGAUCCAGCCUUGGAGCCAAGAUGGUGGCCAUUGUGGGGCUGUCGCAGUGGAGCAAGAGUACCCUGCAGCUCAACCAGCAAGAGGAACGAGUGAAGAAGCUGCGCGGUACGAUCCGGCGGAGCACGGAGACGGGCAUCGCUGUGGAGAUGAGGAACCGGGUCACGCGACAGGGCAGCAAGGAGUCCACCGACGGCAGCACCAACUCCAACAGCUCCGACGGAACGUUUAUCUUCCCACCCACUCGCAUGGGUCCAGAGAGCCAGUUUAGUGACUUCCUGGAUGGACUAGGCCCCGCCCAGAUCGUAGGCCGACAGACACUAGCCACACCCUCCAUGGGUGACAUCCAUGUGGGUAUGGUGGACAGAGGAGGCCAGCUAGAGGUGGAGAUCAACCAGGCCAGAGGACUGACCCCUAAACCAGGGUCAAAGAACAUCCCAGCGACCUAUGUGAAGGUGUAUGUGUUGGAGAAUGGGGCGUGUCUGGCUAAGAAGAAGACCCGAGUGGUGAAGAAGACUCUAGACCCGUCCUACCAACAGGCCCUGCUGUUUGAAGAGAGCCCUCAGGCCAAAGUCCUCCAGGUGAUUGUGUGGGGUGACUAUGGGCGGAUGGACCACAAGUGCUUCAUGGGCAUGGCUCAGAUCAUGCUGGAUGAGUUGGACCUUGGUGCCACGGUGAGCGGAUGGUACAAGCUGUUCCCCACCUCGUCUCUGGCUGAUAUCGGACCCCUCACACGACGACUGUCCCAGUCCUCACUGGAGAGCUGUGCCACCAGCCCCUCCUGUAGCUAGACAGAGAGAACUAUAUAGUACACACACACACACACACACACAGAUCCUCAGAUCCAUCCCCAUAACUACGUCAGAUAACAUGAUUUACCAGAGCAUAGCAUUAUAGUAGCGUUACUUACUGCCCAAUAUCCCUGUCCCCUGCCCCCUGCCCCGUCUCAGAAUCCCUGUCCCCUGCCCCCUGUCCCUUUCCAGAAUCCCUGUCCCCUGCCCCCUGUCCCAUUUCAGAAUCCCUGUCCCCUUUCCCCUGCCCCCUGUCCCAUUUCAGAAUCCCUAUCCCCUGUCCCCUGCCUCCUGUCCCAUCUCAGAAUCCCUGUCCCCUGUCCCAUCUCAGAAUCCCUGUCCACUGUCCCAUCUCAGAAUCCCUGUCACCUCUCAGAAUCCCUGUCCCCUCUCAGAAUCCCUGUCCCCUCUCAGAAUCCCUGUCCCCUCUCAGAAUCCCUGU